UUCGAUAUAUCUUGUCAACAAGUUGUGUACUUGAGUACUGAAGUUGUGAACUAAAGUUGCGUAAACACACAAAUUUACAGGGAUUUUGGCGAUAUAAAAGUUUGUGUAAUUUCAUUGGGACUACACCUGACCGUGGUGUAGUUAAUGUCGUGCGAAAACGUUGAAAUCUGUGUUUCGUAAACUUUCGUUGCAAGCCGGUUUUCAGUCCUCGCUAUCGCGGAGUAUAUGUCAUAAAGCGGUGAACCAAGAAUUUUCAAGGGCUGUUUUCGAAGAGCACCCCCCUCUCUUAUAACUGUGCAUAAAAACAUCUACUUAGCAAUUUCUAAUGUUGUGUUCGCAUUUACAGAUUGCCCGCUAAAAAUGUCGAGACUUUCUUGUUGGAAGCCUUACAAUCUCUGGCAGGGAUAUCUAAAACUAUGUCGUUUUUGUAACGACACAAUCUCUCGGUUUUUUUCUUUUCUUGGUGAGAAAGUUGGUAAAUAUCCUUCGAAAACAAUCCUGCUGGCGGUUUUCUUUAUGGCGAUUUCAGCAUCUGGAUUUGCCUUUUUUCGCGUGGAAAACAGAACAGAGAUCUUGUAUGCUCCUAAGGACAGCGAAUCAGUAAAGAAUCUGAGAAAGGCAAACGACUACGGUUUUUAUGACCCUGCUAGAAGGGCAGAGAUAAUUAUAUUAGGAAAAAACGAGUCAAACGUUUUGACAGAAGAGUGUUUUAUAGAAGCAUUUCAACUUCACCAGGCGAUUGUUUCCAUUCCACGAUACAAAAGCGUCUGUCUUCCAAACAUAAAAAGCGAUCCUUUAGCGGCAACGAGCUACUGUAAACGGGAAGAACCGUUUUGGAUGUUUAAUUACUCGCCAAAUUUCGUUAAUUUGUUGCCUAUAUUGAACAAUUACACGAAUACAAGUGGUCGGCUGUUUUCACGGAUUCUUGGUAAAGCUGAGUACAGCAGAAAUGGAUCAAUUUUGUCUGCAAAAGGAUUGAGAUUCGUUUACAACAUCAGAGGAGUUGAGAUUGGUGAUGACGUUGAUCAAUCCUCAGAGGAUUGGGAGAAAGAAUUUUUAAAAAAAAUGGGAAAUUGGUCCUCUUUAGACUGCGGAUCCUUGGUGUACAACGCAGAACGCAGUAUCGACGAAGCAAUCGCAGAAAGUACCGGGAACGAUGUGAAGCUUGUAUCCUUGACAUUCACGAUAAUGAUAAGUUUUGCGUGUUUCAUGUUGGGCAAGUAUCGUAAUCCUUUGACUGGUCAUGGUUUGUUAGCUUUGGGUGGUAUACUGUGUGUUGGCUUUGGUAUUCUAACUGGUUUUGGUUUUUCAAUGUUGGUACAGACACCGUUUACCAGCAUUGUUGGAAUUUUACCAUUUCUUGUCAUUGGAGUUGGUAUAGAUGACAUGUUUAUCAUAGUUGAUGAGCUCGAUAGGACAGAACCAGACCAGAACAUUCCAAAGAGGCUUGGCAUUGUCAUGAAGACCGUCGGCCCGGCAGUCACCAUGACAACGUUGACAGACUCUCUCGCAUUUGCUGUUGGUGCUUCAUCAAGAUUUUUAUCCAUUGUCUACUUCUGCACAUUCGCCGCACUUGCCAUUUCAUUUGCAUUUGUAUUUUUCAUGACAAUGUUUGUGGCUUUUAUGUCAUACGAUUGCCGUCGUAUGCUUGAUGGGCGCCGGGAUAUGUUCCCUUUUAUCAAAGCACCACCCCCACCUGCUGGGAAAUCUCGUUGGGACGAGUCCCUACCGCAAAUGUCCAACAAAUUUAUGGAGUACUGGGGAAAUUUCAUCAUGAAACCACCUUCUAAAGUGAUCAUUGCUCUUGUAUCGAUGGCCUUAUUAGGAGCUGGUAUUUAUGGAACAACAUUUUUAAAGGAAGAUUUUGAUCGUCGAAAUUUGGCCAAAGAUGGUUCAAUAUAUAUACAAUACUUGGACACAGUCGAAAAGUACUUUAACACGGAUGCACCUGUUGAUAUCAUCGUGGAGUCUGGAGUGAAUUAUUCCAACCCUUUAACGCAGAGUGAAUUGAGUAGUUUGAUGGGAAUUGUGAGGGAAAACAAAUAUUUACGCCCUGACUUUGUAUCAUGGUUUACAGAACUUCAGAAAUGGCGUAACAAAACUCGAAACAAAACAGAAAAUGUACUGGAUUCUCUUGAUGAUUUUUUGCUUAGUCACCCACAGUUCAGGAAAGAUAUCUUCUUUGCUGAAGACAAUACAACGAUUCUUUCUUCGCGAUUUUAUUGUUAUAUGAACGGAACAUCGCAUUCUGUAAUCCGUCGCAAAGCUUUGGAAUCCUUUCGCAAGGAUUUAAAGAAUAAACUAAGCAUUCCUAUUUUUGCAAGCUCCUAUCAAUUCAUCUAUAUCGAGCAGUUCAUAGCCAUCCGAAGCGAAACCACGCGUAAUCUUGUCAUUGCUGCUAUUGCCAUAACUAUUGCAACCAGUUUCUUUUUGGUGAAUCCGCUGGUCAUUCUUCUAGUGCUGGUUGGGUUUGUGUCUCUGAUAUUUGAGCUGCUAGGUUUCAUGUAUAUAUGUGGCGUUUCAUUAAACUCCAUCUCAAUGAUCAACUUGGUAAUGGCGAUCGGUUUUGCUGUUGACUACAGUGCUCACGUAGCUCAUUCGUUUGUAUUCUCCACGGAAAACAAUCCUGAACAAAAAGUUAUCGAAGCUCUUAGGACGACAGGGGCAAGUGUAAUAAUGGGCGGUUUCAGUACGUUCCUAGGAAUGUUGGUAUUAGCUUUUGCGUCUUCAGAGAUUUUCCGAAUUUUCUUCAGAAUGUUUGUAGGAAUUGUUGUUCUCGGUCUGCUUCACGGUCUUUGUUUUCUGCCUGUAUGGCUAUCCAUCUUUUGUCGUUGGCAUAUAAACCUACACCCUGAAGAUGAUGAUGACGUGAAACAGAAUUCACCUGCUAAGAGGGACGCAGAUAAAGAUCACCCGUCAUCCAAGAAUAACUCAGUGAUGAUUAAGAAUGAAGUGGAAAACAAUAAUGCUAAUGAAGCAAGAAACAACAGCGCUAAUGAAGUUGGGAACAACAACGCUAAUGAAGUUGGGAACAACAACGCUAAUGAAGUUGUGAACAACAGCGCUAAUGAAGUUGGGAACAACAACGCUAAUGAAGUUGUGAACAACAGCGCUAAUGAAGUUGGGAACAACAACGCUAAUGAAGUUGGGAACAACAACGCUAAUGAAGUUGUGAACAACAGCGCUAAUGAAGUAGGGAACAACAACGCUAAUGAAGUUGUGAACAACAGCGCUAAUGAAGUUGGGAACAACAACGCUAAUGAAGUUGGGAACAACAGCGCUAAUGAAGUUGGGAACAACAGCGCUAAUGAAGUUGGGAACAACAACGCUAAUGAAGUUAGGAACAACAGCGCUAAUGAAGUUGGGAACAACAGCGCUAAUGAAGUUGGGAACAACAACGCUAAAGAAGCAGGGAAAAAUAAUUCAGUCCCACCUUCGGAAAUGUCAAUGCCAGGUUUCGAGACAAUGGAAGAUAAUAAUGGAAUGGAUCAUAAGAUGAGUGAUGUGAACAGAGCGUUUGAAAAUCCUCUUGAAAGCGAAGAAGGGGAACUGCGAGAUAAGGAGGAAACACAUCUAUGAAGUUGGUACAUGUAUUCUUUGCUUUUAGGAAUUAAUGAUCAGUAUACUUCUACAAGACACAGACUUCACCCAUUAUAAGUCAAUGAAUAAAUAAGUGCAAGACCAUCACUUCUUAGCAAGACCAACUCUCUUUUUAUCGCUUUUUAUUUAUUUUAUUUAUAUUUAUCUAAGACUAAUAGUAGGAUGUAUAAAAAAAGAAGACCUCUCGAUUGACGUAUUGUGAAUCAUAAUUUGUGAUAAUUGCAAUGCCUAUCACUAUUUUAGGCUCACGAAUGCAUAAAGUAUUGUCAUCUAUGCGCAUGUGUUACACAUCUUUGUCAUAUUAGUGGAAAAGCUUUCCUGCUGCUGGGAAUUCAAAGUAACCCUCAACUCAAGCAGCAAAAUAUGCGCAGUAAUGCACCAGUUAAAUUAGUAUAUCAAACAUUUACAUUUUACCAUAGGUUUUCUUCUUCUAAGGUCUUUUUUGAUGCAUCUGUAUAAAAUAUCUAAACACAUUUUCAUCAGCUAACGGCACAAUAAUGUAAAUCACUAUGUUAAUUACCAAAACUGAUAUAUUUAUCGUAUCGUAGAUUAAAGAAAAAUACUCUAGCAUACACGUUCCAUUUAUUGGCUUAGCCAGCCCGCAAGUUUUAGUCUUGCUAUGUAAAUUUCAGAACUUUAUCAUUAUUUUUUCUAUAGAAAUAUACUGCUUUUGGAGUCAG